GGGAACUUCAGACUCCAUAGGGGGUAGUGAGUUAUGCUUCGGGUUUCCUCGGGUAUUCCAGAGUCGUCCUACCUCCUAAAACAUGUAGGAGGUUAGUAGGAGGAGAGCGUGUGUGUGUUUUAAGAAGGUCAGAUUGUGAAGAUGAGUAAGAAACCCCCGAAUCGGCCAGGAAUCACUUUUGAAGCUGGAGCCCGAGUCGAAGCCCAGGACUACUUACAGAAAUGGUAUCCUUCUCGGAUCGAGAAAAUCGACUACAAUGAAGGGAAAAUGCUGAUCCACUUUGACCGCUGGAGCCAUCGAUACGACGAGUGGAUUUCAUGGGACAGCAACAGACUCCGCCCUUUAGAACGACCUGCACUGCGUAAAGAGGGAUUUAAAGAAGACGAAGAUAUGUCGGAGAGACUCGGCGAGAUGAGAGCAUCUCGCCUCCGUGAGCUUCCUGGACGUACAGAGAGCACAGAGGACCAAAAAGACUUGCCACAACCGAGACAAAAACUGAAGGACGGUGAAGAAGUUCUCGCCCGUUGGACGGAUUGCCGCUACUACCCUGCCAAGAUUGAAAGUGUCAACAAAGAGGGGACCUACACUGUUCAGUUUUACGAUGGCGUGGUUCGCUGUGUCAAAAGUAUUCAUAUCAAAUCCAUGCCAGAAGAUGCCAAAGGGCAGCAGGACUGGAUCGCCCUCGUGAAGGCAGCCAAAAGUAAAGGGGGGUGUAGGGCACGCACCAGUGCCAACAGCAACAAAGAAGACAGAACGGAGCUCAGCGAAGAGCUUAACGAUGACGAUGUUGACGCCGACUCUGACAGAUUUGCCUCUUCUGAUGAAGAGGACUGUAAGCCGUCUGCGGAGGAGCUCGAGAUGGCGAAAACAAAACGGAGGAGAAACAGAGAAGGUGGUUUGAGCCACGUCAAAAGAGCUCGACUCAGUAAAGCGGCAGCAGGUCCCAGCUUUGAAGGUGACGUCAAGGAGGAUCUUACAAUCACGUCAAAACAGAGAGGUCCAGUAGCCGAAACCUGCCCUGGCGACGAUGCUGUGAACCAGAAACCUUCAUCUCUCAUCAGCUCCUCCCCGAGUACCUCUCGCUCCUCCAGACUGAAGCACGAUUCUGGAGAGUCCACCAACAGCAGCUUGAGCACAAGUACGACAGCAGAGCCGAAACCCUCAACCAGCUUAAUUCACAACCUUCUAGAUACACCCACAGCUUCUGCGAGCUCGCCUCAGAGGUGCAGGAGAUCUCAGCGUCUAGCCAUCUCUUUUGACUGCCCUCCAUCACCUCAAAGCCGGGAAACCAACCCUGAGACGCCGCAGACAGACUGCACUCAGAAAGCAGAUGCUGAAAACAUCUGCGUGGUGAAGACCGAACCCUCCUGCACGCCGAUCACAGAUGCCCCUGCCUCCUCGGUUUCUCCUCCUGAAACGGCUCCGUCUGCAGACAUCAAGAAGGAACAGGCGACCGACGCACUGCUGGUCAAUCACGCGUCGGUGGCAGAGACGGCGCCGCCUGUUGUAACAGCUACAGGUCCAAAAGCUGCUUCCAAGAAAGCCAACAAACACGCCAGAGAGCCCAUCAUAAGUAAGCAGUCUGACGACCCCAUGUCCCCGAACGAGGACCAUAAAUUCAAGUGUCAAAUUCCUGGCUGUUCUAAAGCGUUCCGCAAAGCCAAGCUGCUGGAUUACCACCUGAAAUAUUACCACAAUACCGAUAAGGAACCAGAGCGGGAGAUGUGCUCACCCGAGAGAGGGGGGCGAACCAGGGCCACGUCUGCAACCGUACCCGUCGGCUCAGUGCUGGAAAUACCGGACGCCAAAAGACGCAGGACGGUCUCCUCAUCCUCCUCUCUGUCUCCGCAGGGCCAGACGUUGCAGCUGGACUGUACCGGUUCCGGUUCCUGCCCGAAGCCUCCGAAGUUCUGUAAGAAAAAGCAAUCGUCUGCGUCCAUCAGCUCCGACAGCACCGAAGUCUCGCUGUCCUCAGUACCCCGGGAAAAGACCUUCGAGAGCUUCCACGACAAGUUCCUUAAGAGGGGCGCAGAGAAAGAUAAACACCUGGAUACAGGACUACCUAUGAAGACUGAAAGGAAAAUUAAAAGUGAAGAGAAGUGCCAGCUCAUCGGGAAAAAGAGAGAGAAAGAACGCAGAGACCGAAAAGAGAAAGACCUGUUUAAAAUCAAACAGAAGAAAAAGAAAAAGAAGAAGAAGAAAUCCAAACAGCACUGUUACUCCGAUCUUGAAGAUAUGUCUCUGUCGUUUGUGGAGAGUUCAGCCUACCUUCAUCGUUACUCCUCGAGCUCCUUCUCCAAACACGCAGCCUUCCAGUUUCCUCGUGCCAUUCUGUCAGUGGAUCUCACCGGAGAGAAUCUAUCAGACAUAGACUUCCUGGAGGACUCCACCACAGAGUCUCUGCUUUUUAGUGGCGACGAGUACGCUCAGGAUCCCGACUCCUUCCUGAUGGACGACUUUCAGGACGAGGAGGACGAUUCGGCUAACGAAAUCGUCCGCUGCAUCUGUGAAAUGGACGAAGAGAACGGCUUCAUGAUUCAGUGUGAGGAGUGUAUGUGCUGGCAGCACAGUGUCUGUAUGGGACUCCUAGAGGACAGCAUCCCUGACCAGUAUAUCUGUUACAUCUGUAGAGACCCACCAGGGCAGAGAUGGAGUUUUAAAUACCGUCAUGAUAAAGACUGGCUCUGUAAGGGCCACAUGUACGGCUUAUCUGUGCUGGCCGAGAACUACUCUCAUCAGAACGCCAAGAAGAUCGUCUCCACCCAUCAGUUACUGGCUGACGUUUACAGUGUUAAAAAGGUGCUCCAUGGUCUGCAGCUCAAGAUGGAAAUCCUACAGAAAAAAAACAAUCCCAGUUUACACCUGUGGGCUCGUUCCUGGGUGAACUCGGACGAGGACCAGCCCAUGGGCGGGGUCCCGGACUGCAUCCUGUUUCAGCACUGCAACAACCAGCACCCGAAUCCUGAGACCUACAUCACCAGCGAGCACAGUUACCAGAAGCCCUCAAGCACGGGCCAUCAACACAAACUGGAGCAGGGCUCCCAGACCGCCUCCCAGACCCUGCCGUUUAUACCGAAGGAGGAGGAGGUGAGCAGCGCCAUCUCUCUGUCCGGCUGUGUACGUGAGAGCGGCGCCGGGCAGGUGGAACAGGCCAGAAACUGCCUGCAGUGGCAGAUGAACCUGCUGACGCACAUAGAGGACGUUCAGAACCAAGUAGCCGGCCGCAUGGAUCUCAUCGAGAAAGAGCUGGACGGUCGUGUUGGAGAGCUGGUUGGAUUUCACGGGCGAGCUGGAACCUCCGGACCCGCUGGCCAGACUCCCUCAGCUCAAGUGCCGAAUCAAACAGCUGCUGUCAGACCUGGCCAAAGUGCAGCAGAUGAGCUCGCUGUGCUCUUUGUGAGGGCGCUCGGGGUGACGGCGGAUAUUUAAGGGCUGUGUGUGUGUGAACCUAACGCACACCGUGUGGUCGGUUUGAUUCCUGCAGCGCUUGUAGUCGAGGGGUGAGAAGAACAAGAGCUGUGCUCGGUCAACUUCUGAACCACGUGCACCUUCGUAGUGCCCUCGCGGCCUCAUCGGUCUCAUCGUAGCAUGAAGUCAGGCAGAAUGUUUACAUUACAAUCACAUCCGGUUCAACGCGGUCAGUCCACGUGCACGACCUGCAGUUAGUUAGAAAUACUUCUUUAUUUAAUCCCUAGUUAGAAACGAUAUUCAGAAAUAAACACAAAACAUCACAGUACGUAAUCAAACACCACCAGGUUAACGGUUUAACUUGUUUAACUUUUGAAAGCCGUUCUUCUGAAUUUUCCCCCAAUUUUCUCCCCUAAUUUGGUCGUAUCCAAUUCCCCCGAUUGCGUUACGCUUCACCUCUGCCGAUACAACCCCCCUCUGCUGACUGAGGAGCUUCGCAACUGAUCUUUUCACCUGCACGAGGCGAGUUCAUAUGCGGAUCAGCCUUGUGCACGGAGAGCCACACCCUGAUCAGCAGUUAUGAGGAACCCUGGUCCGGCUCAUCCCACCCUGUGAACAACAGUCAAUCGUAGAUCCCUGCUCUGGUGUGUUAGCGUGUUUUACCGCUGCCCCACCCGAGCGGCUAUUGAGCCUGCUUUACUGAAGCGUAUUUGAAAGACAGUAAUAUCAUUUCUUAAAGUUAUUAUUCUUAUUCGGGUGACUAUAUGGCUGGACAGUGAGGUUCCUGGGCUAAAUCCCUAACAUGUUUUUAUAUAAACUCACCAUGAGCACAGUCAAACAGUGGUAUUCACCCCGUAGAAAGAAAUCAGCCUGACUUUACUGGACCGCUCAUCUACAAGUGAUCUCCACCAAUCACAAUCUUUGUUCUAAGGAUGGAGAUCCGGACUCGUUCUGGAAAUACGAGGGAUCUUCAAAACGUUUCUGCACUUUUUAAACUCACCUUCCGAUGCAUUUUUCCAGCGUCGUACCAACUUUUUAAUGCCGCCUGGUUGAGCGCGUAGCCACUUAUGCGCCGCUGCUUUCACAUCAUCAUCACAUGAAAAUCUUCUUCCCCUUAAAGCUUCCCUGAGCGUCCAAGAAGGUGGAAAUCAGAUGGAGCUAAAUCCGGACUAUAAGCGUCUCUCGGUCUCUCUGACACGACCGAUUACUCCUCCUCCUACUGCACCCUCACCGCUUAUAACCACAAUAUAAAAGUGAGGAAACUUGUUGAAGAUCCCUCGUAUAUAUUUGUAUCAUUACUUUCUGGCUUGAUGGUGAACGUGCAGGCGGAAUAAAACUAGAAUCAAAGGAAACUGCAAAUAUUAGGCAGUAUUCAGUAACACCCUUAAAACUCUGCAUUGCCACCGGUCGGCUGGGCAUCAUCUAGCGGGCAUAAUUAGCAGUGCCUGCAGCAGACACUAAUUGGCCACCGUGUGUGCUAGGGCGGGACGACCGGACGUCUUCAAACGCUGUGCAAGGACCCUGAUUAGCAGAUAGAGGCGCAUGUGCAUAAUGCAUGGGUGAAAAGAAGUGGUCCGCUAAGGACUGAACGUGGGUCUGAGGAGGCGUGAGCUGCAAUAUAUCCACCUCGACUGCAAUCAGGGAUCCACCAGAAGCGGAAGACAGAUUGACUACACUAAAUCGGGAGAAAAUGGGAGAAAAUGAAGAAAUAAAUAGGAAAGAAAAUGUAUUUAUUUCAGGUUCAGUGCUUCUAUUCUUUUUCUACUAACUGCAAAACAAAACAGGGUGCUCACUGUUCCGCUCACUGUUCCGCUCACUGUCCCACUCACUGUUCCGCUGUUUCAUCUAAGAAACUGACAACAUCUGACAAAACAGACAACAUUUUGGUCAAAAAUAAAUAAUUAAAAGUAGACUAUUAGUAAAGUCUUCAUCCUCACGUGCUUGCACUGUAAAGGAAGAUAUAAGAUAUAUGACAUGAUUGUGGAGAAAAUAAUGCUUGUGUUUCUGAUUUUUCCUUAAAAUCCCCUCCUUUUAACACAAUUCAACAAUAAAACACACAAUCAGCUCAAAAAUGAUCACAUUACUUUCUAUUUUUCACUCUUUUUAGACCUGUUUUUAUUCCACAUGGAUCCCUUUUCAUUAAAAAUAAGUAAAUAAAUAAACAACUUGUCAAAAACUCUUCUUCCCCCUUAAAGCUUCUCUGAGCAUCCAAGAAGGUGUAAAUCAGAUGGAGCUAAAUCAGGACUAUAAGCGUCUCUCAGUCUCUGACACCCUCACUGCUUAUAACCAAAAUAUAAAUGUGAGGAAACUUUUUGAAGAUCCCUCGUAUUUAUUUGUAUCGUUACUCUCUGGCUUGAUGGUGAACGUGCAGGCAAAAUAAAACUAGAAUGAAAUGAAACUAGAGGCAAUGUUCAGUCAUAUUUAAAAUGUAUUACACUAGGGCGGGAUGACCGGACUAUGUAAGGACCCUGAUUAGCAGAUCGAGGCGCCUGUGCAGAGUGCAUGGGUGAAAAAGAAAGGAUCCGCUAAGGGUGUGAGCAGCAAUAUACCCUCCUCGACUGCAAUCAGGGAUCCACCAGUAGCGGAAGACAGAUUGACUACGCUGAGUCGGGAGAAAAUGCAUCAGUGAAUAAGAAUGGCAAAUUUUGCCUUCUAUUGUUUUGGCCUGAUGAUUUUUCCAGGCUGAUUUCAGGUUCAGAGCUUCCAUUCAUUUUUUACUGACUGCAAAACAUAACAGGGUGCUCACUGUUCCGCUCACUGUCCUGCUCUUACAUCUAAAAAACCCACAACAUAUGACAGAACAGACAACAUAAAAUAAAAGUAGAUUAUUAGUGAAGUCUUCAUCCUCACGUGCUUGUACUGUACAGGAAAACAUAAAUGAUUGUGGAGAAAUCCCUAAAAUCCCCUCCAUUCAACACAACCCAACAAUAAAACGCACAAUCAGCUCUAAAAUCAUCACAUCAUUUUUUUUAGGCCUGUUUUCCCCCCACGGAUCCCUUUGCAUUAAAAAUAAAAGUAGUUUGGCAGAAUCUGGUGGAGAUUUCAGGAUGAACCGUGUACACUUUGCUCCUGACUUUAGAUUAAUAGAUAAUUCUAAAAUGAUUACUUUGAGUCUACAAUCAGUUUCAAGAAGUAACUUGUCCAGGCAGCUACUCCAGGAUAAGUGGAUCCACGUCAGGGGUUCUAUCAUCAUCACUAUCGUUUAGUUUGCUUCGAUUUUGAUUUGUUUGUUUGUUUUGAUUAUUUGAUUCUUGCUGUUGUGGCUUUAUUUGAGAUGUAUAUACCGACUGUAUGUACUGUAAAGACCAGGAAAAGAAAACUAAAGAAUAGUAGGACGAUAUAUAUACUUGAAUAUGUCUGUUUAUUCAACAUUUCUAAUAAUAUGUACAAUUGUUUAGAACUGAAGUCGAUUUUGAUGAGAAACCAGCUGUACAUUAAAGAGUUUAUUUAAAAAAAAAAACCUGAUGGACUAACUUUCUGUACAUUAAUAAAAGAAUAUUCUGACUA